AUGCAGCUCUUCCUUAGUGUCAUCCUCAGUCAGCUCAUCACUGUGUCCUCCUCAGUCAACUCCUCACUGUGUCCUCUCAGUCAGCUCUCACUGUGUCCUCCUCAGUCAGCUCCUCCCCACUGUGUCCUCCUCAGUCAGCUCUCACUCACUGUGUCCUCUGUCAGCUCCUCACUGUGUCCUCCUCAGUCAGCUCCUCACUGUGUCAUCCUCAGUCAACUCAUCACUUUCCAGCCUCAGCCAGCUCCUCACUGUGUCCUCAUAGUCAGCUCCUCACUGUGUCCUCCUCAGUCCAGCUCAUCACUGUGUCUCCUCCAGCCAACUCCUCUGUGUGUCCUCCUCAGUCCCAGCUCCUCACUGUAUGUCAUCCUCAGUCAGCUCAUCACUGUGUCUCAGCCAGCUCCUCCUGUGUCCUCCUCAGUCAGCUCCUCACUGUGUCAUCCUCAGUCCAGCUCAUCACUGUGUCCUCAGCCAGCUCCUCACUGUGUCCUCCUCAGUCCAGCUCCUCACUGUGUCUCAUCCUCAGUCCAGCUCAUCACUGUAAUGUCCUCCUCAGUCAGCUCCUCACUGUAUGUGUCCUCCUCAGUCAGCUCCUCACUGUGUCCUCAGUCCAGCUCCUCACUGUGUCCUCCUCAGUCAGCUCCUCACUGUGUCCUCCUCCAGUCAGCUCCUCACUGUGUCCUCCUCAGUCAGCUCCUCACUGUGUCCUCCUCAGUCAGCUCCCUCACUGUGUCCUCCUCAGUCCCAGCUCCCUCACUGUGUCCUCCUGUCAGCUCUCCUCACUGUGUCCUCAAUAGCUCUCACUGUGUCCUCUGUCAGCUCCUCACUGUGUCCUCAGCCAGCUCCUCACUGUGUCCUCCUCAGUCAGCUCCUCACUGUGUCAUCCUCAGUCAGCUCAUCACUGUGUCCUCAGCCAGCUCCUCACUGUGUCCUCCUCAGUCAGCUCCUCACUGUGUCAUCCUCAGUCAGCUCAUCACUGUGUCCUCAGCCAGCUCCUCACUGUGUCCUCCUCAGUCAGCUCCUCACUGUGUCCUUCUCAGUCAGCUCCUCACUGUGUCCUCUGUCAGCUCCUCACUGUGUCCUCAGCCAGCUCCUCAUUGUGUCCUCAGUCAGCUCCUCACUGUGUCCUCAGCCAGCUCCUCAUUGUGUCCUCAGUCAGCUCCUCACUGUGUCCUCUGUCAGCUCCUCACUGUGUCCUCAGCCAUUUCCUCACUAUGUUGUCACCCUCUGGUUCUCAUCUCCUGCAUCACCUGUCCCUUUAACUAA